UCCUCCUACUUCCGCCGCCGCCGCCGGUCUCGGCUGAGUUGUCGGCUGUGAGUUGCUGUCUGUUCGGAACCGCUGCUGUUGCCGCCGCGAUGCCGCUGGAGAACCUGGAAGAGGAGGGUCUGCCCAAGAACCCUGACCUGCGCAUCGCGCAGCUGCGCUUCCUGCUUAGCCUGCCCGAGCACCGCGGGGACGCGGCAAUCCGCGACGAGCUGAUGGCAGCCGUCCGCGAUAACAACAUGGCUCCUUAUUACGAAGCCUUGUGCAAGUCCCUGGAAUGGCAGAUGGACGUGGACCUGCUCAACAAAAUGAAGAAGGCAAACGAAGACGAGUUGAAACGUUUGGAUGAGGAGCUGGAGGAUGCAGAGAAGAAUCUGGGGGAGAGCGAAAUCCGAGACGCGAUGAUGGCAAAGGCCGAGUACCUCUGCCGGAUAGGCGACAAGGAAGGUGCUCUGACAGCCUUUCGCAAGACCUAUGACAAAACCGUGGCGCUGGGUCACCGACUGGAUAUUGUGUUCUAUCUCCUUAGAAUUGGUUUAUUUUACAUGGAUAAUGACCUCAUCACUCGAAAUACAGAAAAGGCCAAAAGCUUGAUAGAGGAAGGAGGAGAUUGGGACCGGAGGAACCGCCUAAAAGUAUAUCAAGGUCUUUAUUGUGUAGCUAUUCGUGAUUUCAAACAGGCAGCUGAACUCUUCCUUGACACAGUUUCAACAUUUACAUCCUAUGAACUCAUGGAUUAUAAAACCUUUGUGACUUACACCGUCUAUGUCAGCAUGAUUGCCUUAGAAAGACCGGAUCUCAGGGAAAAGGUGAUUAAAGGGGCAGAGAUCCUCGAGGUGCUGCACAGCCUGCCGGCCGUCCGCCAGUACCUGUUUUCACUCUACGAAUGCCGUUACUCUGUUUUCUUCCAGUCGUUAGCUAUUGUGGAACAGGAAAUGAAAAAGGACUGGCUUUUUGCGCCUCAUUAUCGAUACUAUGUAAGAGAAAUGCGAAUUCAUGCGUACAGCCAGCUGCUGGAAUCGUACAGGUCAUUAACCCUGGGCUAUAUGGCAGAAGCUUUUGGUGUUGGUGUGGAGUUCAUUGAUCAGGAACUCUCCAGGUUUAUUGCUGCUGGGAGGCUACACUGCAAAAUAGAUAAAGUGAAUGAAAUAGUGGAAACCAACAGACCUGAUAGCAAGAACUGGCAGUACCAAGAAACUAUCAAGAAAGGAGAUCUGCUAUUAAACAGAGUUCAGAAACUUUCUAGAGUAAUUAAUAUGUAAAACCAAAUACACAAAGGGUUUUCUUUAGAGCUUAUUGGGAAUUUUUAUAGCUUACUUUGUGCCCAGUUGAACUGUGUAAAAAAUAAAUACUGCAUUGUUUCUUUCAA